AUGGAUCAGAGAUCGGACAUUUUCAUUGAUGAGACUUCUCGGAAAGGCCAGUGGUGUUGUUCUGGUAAGCUUAUCGCUUGCGUAGUAAUUAUUUUAGCAAGAAUUGUCUGAUCCAUACGACAGGUCCGAGGAAUUAACUUUGAUCAGAACAGCAGCUUUUGCUGCUGCCUUUCAUGGCCAGAUUCGCCCAUCAGAUGACCCAUACCUCACUCAUUUAGAGGCCACAGUUCAAGCAGAUGUAAUGAAAGUAACGGUAAUUGGUGCAGCCAUGAAAUCACAUCGACUUUACUAUCUUCAUCUUGCCCAAACUCUGACAAAACUAAAUGAAGAUGGAAUCAAAUUAAAUUUUGAAGAUUUGAGGAGAAAAGAAGAAGAAUUAAGGGGCCUGAAGACUAGUGGGUUUAUAUUUAAAUACUGCCAAGUGUUCCACAAAACUUCCCUUAAGGCUGAAUGCAGAUGA